AUGACUAAAACUUGUGAUGGAUGUGCUUGCGGAACUAGUUGUAGCUGUGGAACUGAUUGUAAAUGCGAAAAAACCACCACCGCAAAAGGAAUAUUUUACCUGCCAGAAUCACACGAUUCUUUAAUUAACACUAUAAGAUAUUUUAGUCAUAAACAUGACGAUGACAAUAAAAAUAUGAAUAAUCAAAAUACACAACUUCUAGUAAUCUAUAAAGAAUGUGGAUUAGGCGAGGAAUUAUUUUUUGAUAAUAUUAAAUCACUGGAUAAACUCAAGAUUGAAUGA